AUGUCCUAUGCCCAAGAUUCGAAGAAUCUUCAACUUAAGCUAACUGACGAGUUCAAGGCUGCAAAGGCAAAGAUGGAGGCUGAAGCCGAGCAGAUGAAGGGUAGGAUAGCCGAGCUCGAGAAGGUGAACGCCAGGCUCAAGGAGCUUGAGAAGAUCAAUGCCAAGCUUGAGGAGGAGAAAACGACCACCUUUGAGAUAAUGGAGGGCAUUUCUGAUGAUGAUCUUCUUUUGUACAUCUAUGGUGGUUUGAGUAAUGAAUUUGAUUAUGUUAUUAUCAUUCUAACCUCUCGUAAUGACACUGUUACUCUUACUGAAGCUCAGUAUGUGUUACAAAGUCAAGAACUUCAAAUGGAGCAACAACUUGCUCACUCUACUAUUGACCUUACAAUGCCUCUGCUAAUGUUGUUAACAAAAGUUUUGGUGAAAACUCUCGUAGUACUAGCACUUUUUCGAGGCCACAACAUCAGAUUCAAUGGUCACUAUGGCAGGACCAAUGGAGUUCGUGGUCCACGUGAUGGAUAUGGUGGUCACAACAACAGAGGGAGAGGCACUCCUGGCAGUGGACAUGGUUUUAGCCCAGUUUGCCAAAUCUGUGGACGUGUCGGCCAUCUUGCUUUUCAUUGUUAUUCUUACUUUGAUCCAAAUGUGUCUUUCACUGCUCAAAAUGACUAG